AUGGCGUCGUUGUUCUCCUCGUUUGGAUAUAAUUUUGGCGGACAGGUAAGAAUUUUUCGAAACUUUGUCAAGAAAAUUUAAGACUAGAAAAUCAGUAAAAACAGAAGAAAGGAAUUUUUCAGCUGAUCGCCAGGGUUGUAUCAUUCGCCAUAAAUAUGUAUUUGCUGAGAAAGAUUGAUAAUGAUGUCCUGGGAUUGGUCAAUGUUAGAUUAACUCUGUUGUAUACCUCCAUUUUAUUUCUGACAAGAGAACCGAUGAGAAAAGCGAAUAUUAUGGGAGAAUCACAACAGAAAUUCAUUAAUCUACUUUGGAUGAGUCCGAUAAUUGCAACAUUUUUGAGUUUUAUUUGCAUAUUUAUUUGGCUGACAUUUUCAACAACAUCAGAAAACGUAUCGAGUUUUGUGCUAUUAUCUUUCCCGAUCUCUGCAAUUAUCGAAACAUUGGCCGAACCUUUUGCAGUGAUUGCUUUGCGAUUCAAUCUUGGUCAACAUUUUGCAAUUGGUCAGGGUAUUUUGGUAUGCAUGAAACGUAUAUUUGUAUUCUUCGCAUUGAUUUUAUUCCCUGAUGUUUAUCAUCUUGAUCUCUUUGCCUAUGCACAAUAUUUUGGAUCGAUCUCUUAUUUAAUUUUCAAUGUUGUCGCCUUCAAAAGUUAUAUCAAAAAUCAAUCAAAAGCAGAAUUGAAAGAUUUCCAAACAUUUGAAACUCUUCUUCCAAAACCAUCCGAAGGAUUAGAUUCUCAAUCAAUAACUGCAAUCUCCACAAUGUUCUCUCACUCAAUUUUGAAACAACUUAUCACAGAUGGAAGUGCUUAUAUCAUGACUUUCACUGAUAUGUUGAGUCUGAAAAAUCAAGCAGUUUUCGAUGCAGUCGAAAGAGUUGGAAGUUUGGUUGCUCGUACAAUUUUAGCACCAUUAGAAGAAAAUUGCUAUGCUCAUUUCGCAAAUCAUUUGCAUCAACAACGAAUUGCAAAACACGAGAAAAAUAUAAAUUCCAAUGAAAAUCAAAAAAUAAUCGAUACUUUGGCAACAAUUUUGCACAUUGUUGGUGUAAUUGGUUGCGUUGUUUGUGUAUUCGGAAUACCGUAUUCUCCAACAGUUAUUCAUUUUUACGGAGGAACUUUGUUAUCAGCAAAUGGCGGAGCAGUUUUGCUUUCCUUGUAUUCUGCAUAUGUUUUUGUGAUGGCUGUGAAUGGAAUAACUGAAUGUUUUGCAAUGGCAAGUAUGGAUAAUAAACAGGUACGUUUAAAAAUAUGGAAAAGGAUUUUAAUAUUUUCAUUUUGUAGGUGCUUCUCCAUGGAAAAUUUUUGUUUUUCUCCGCAAUCGGACAUCUCACAAUAAACUAUGUACUUUGUGUAUAUUUGAAUUCUGCAGGUUUUAUUGUUGCAAAUAUUAUCAACAUGAUUAUAAGAAUAGGUUACAGGUAAGAAGAUUUUUGAAGAAAUUGAAAAAAAAUCGAAGAAAAUUUCAGCUGGCGACAUAUCUCAACAUUUUUGGGUCCUGAAAGAACUCCCUCAAUUUUCACAGUUCUUCCAACUUCCUCUACAGUAGUAUUUCUUUUCGCUUCAUUUUUUGCCACUGGUUUCUCUUAUUUAAUAUUUGGUGCAACUCCUGGAUUAUCUCACACAUUGGCUCAUUUGGCAAUUGGUGCGGUGCUCUUUUCAGUUCUUUCGAUGAGCAUCGCCCAACAUGAUCCAGUGUUUUUCGGGAUAAUCAAUGGAUUUUUGAAAGAUCAUACGGCCUAA